AUGGCUAUCCUCUCUGAACCCCGAAAUGGUGGAGAAGCUCCUGCAACAAAAGGUCAUUAUGCCAAUGGCAGUCCUGAGAAUGCUCUCGCUGGGAUCGUGGGCACAGCAUUCCGCUCCAGGACAUUGAGAGUCGUUAUGCUAGGUGCUGGAUGGGCCAGUGUGUCUGGCAUCCAGUUCACCCAUGAUAUCACGACCAAGAUGAAAGACGUUGAACUGGACAUUUACGAAAAGAAUGCCGGAAUCGGUGGAGCUUGGUACGAGAACCGAUAUCCAGGCUGUGCUUGCGACGUUCCCGCCCACACAUAUCAGUUUUCUUGGGAACCGAAUCCGUACUGGACCAAGUUUUACGCGCCAGCACCCGAAAUCUGUGCAUAUCUGAACAAAGUGGUCGACAAGCACGAUCUACGUAAACAUAUGCACUUCCGCCAUCGCGCUAUACAUGCCGAAUGGCAAGAACGGUCGGCGACCUGGCAGCUCAAGUUCGAAGUAACGGAUGCAGCCGGACAAACUUCAUAUCUGGACCGGGAGUGUGACGUGCUUGUCUCAGGAGUUGGGACACUCAACAACUGGAAGUACCCUGACAUUGAGGGCUUAUCUCAGUUCAAAGGAUCCUUAAUGCAUACGGCCACCUGGGAUGACUCGGUUGAUCUGAAAGGAAAGACAGUGGCUGUGAUUGGCAACGGCGCCAGUGCUGUCCAGUUAGUGCCUGCACUCCAACCAGUGACUGGCAAGAUUUAUAAUUAUGUGCGCACGGCGUCAUGGAUGCUUCCGCAUCUCUUCUCCGAUGGUGCUGUUCAGAAGGACUAUUCUGCAGAACUCCAAGCUCGCUUCGAGAGCGAUCCUCAUUUUUACUUCGAGUACCGGCGCGAACUGGAACAAAACAUGGCGCGCGGCUUCGAGGGUCUUUGGCGAGGCACUCAAGCCCAGGCAGACCUGCGACGGGCAACCACCCUUCACAUGGAAAAAAUGAUCGCCGAUGCGCGAAUUCUCCAUUUCCUGACCCCGGAAUUUGAGAUUGGCUGCCGUCGCUUUACCCCCGGAGACCACUACCUACAUGCGCUGCAGCAAGACAACGUACACAUGUUGACGGACCAUAUCACUCGGGUCACCGAGACCGGUAUCUCUGAUACAACAGGCGUCACUCGCGACGUCGACGCCAUCGUUUGCGCGACGGGAUUCGAAACAUCCUACGAGCCACGAUUUCCCAUCCUGGGUCGAAACGGAUACUCUCUCGCUGAGGACUGGGGAAAGGACAAGACCACUGAGAGCUACAUGGGCGCUAUGGUAGCCCGGUUACCAAAUUUCUUCGUUUUCAACCCUCCCAUAUGUCCUGUCAUUGGGUCUGCUUUCCCAGGCAUUGAGGCGGCGAGUUCUUACAUGAUCCGUGUCAUGGAACGCCUACAACACGACUCGAUCAGAUCAUUGAGCGUGAAAAGCGAGGCCCAGGCCGGAUUCAAUGAGUGGGCCCAGUCACGAAUGGCGGAAAUGGUCUUUACCGGCAACUGCAAGAGUUGGUACAAAAACUCCAAAGGAAAAGUCUUCAUUCCUUGGCCGGGGACCAUUGCGCACUACAUCCAGUGCAUCGAUACGAUCCGUUGGGAAGACUUUCACUUUGUCUGGGCCAACCCGGGCAACAAAUAUUCCAGCUUUGGCAACGGAGUCCCUUUGGGAGGUGUCGCGCCCGAGGUUCCGCCAUGGUUAACGAAACCGGAGACUGUGGCCGCAAAAGUUGGAGCAAAAGGUGCCCAGUAG